CUGCUGUUGCUAUGGGAAACUGGGCAAAAAGCAGGAAGUGCUGAGUCUCCAUUGACAGUUGCAGAUCUGUGUUUACCACAGUAUUUAUGACUCUCUAGUUUAAAAACUUCAUGACGGACAGUUUAUUUUUCUCAACGAAACAAAUUCUGAUCCCGUAAGCCACGCUUGGAGGAACACAUGUGAUCGAGGUUUAAGGGACCCGCAGAGAAAAUGAGUAGAAGCCGGAACCCUCCGCAGAAGGGCCAGGGGGCCGCAAGGGCCAAACAGAUGGGGCUGCUGUUAGAUUUGGCUCCUGAUGAUGGGCUGGAUGACUCUGGAGGAAACGAGCAGGAGCUGGAGGCGGAGCUUCUGGCCCUGAUGGGAGGUGGAGGAGGAAAGGGCGGACAAGCAGGCAAGAAAGGUGGAGGUAAAGCUCCAGUGCCCAUGGAGCACAUAGAGCGGAUGGCAGCGAUGUGUAUGAAGGACUUGGAUGAGGAUGGAGAAGAUGAUGGUGAUUUAGAGAACGAUGCUGAUCUCUUGGCCGAGUUGAACGAGGUAUUGGAUGAUGAUGAUGAGGAGGAGGUGAUCAGGAAGCCCCCUCCAUCACCAUCGCCCCCUCAGCGCUCAAAUGCGCCCACAUCCCAGACUUCCUCAGGGAGCCUGGAGUCUCGCCUGCAGGAACGUCUCGACAUGUAUCAGACAGCCAUCGCUAACGCCAAGGCUGCGGGGGAGACGAGCAAAGCACGAAGAUACGACCGAGGGCUGAAGACACUGCAAUCUAUGUUGACGUCCGUUAAAAAAGGGAAACCCAUCAACGAAGAUGAGAUUCCUCCUGCUGUGGCCACUGGUGGAAAACCCGCCCCCACCUCACAGGCUCAGCCAGUCGGAGAGCAGGAGAAACCUGCCCCGCCAUAUACGCCACCGCAGACGACCAAUCAGAAGCCCAUGCUUCAAGACAAGCCGGUCGCCCCAGCUAAACCUCAGCUGUUGCAACCACCAUCACAGCGAUCGACUGCCGUAACGCCCGAUACACCAGCCAUAUCGCCCCUCACGCCUAGCCAGCCUAACGCCCAGCACUCGGAGAUCAAAGCGAGGAUAUUAAACAGACAGAGAGAGUAUAAGCUGGCAGCCAUACAGGCCAAACAAAGCGGUAACACCGACCAAGCCAAACAUUUCUACCUCAUCGCCAAAAAACUGGACCCCAUGAUUGAGACUGUUGACAGAGGGGAGAUUGUAGAUAUUAACACACUGCCGCCCCCUCCAGGAGAUGUCGAAGUUCCACAUUCAAACCCUCCUCAGUCGUCUGCUAAACCUGCCGCCCCUCCUGCACCCACUGCCGCCCCUCCUGCUGCACCCACUGCCACCCCAGUCGUGGCUGUCUCUGCUCCUCGGAGCAUCGGCGAGGCCCUGCAGCAGCGCAUGGACAAAUAUAAAGAAGCAGCAGAAACCGCCAAGAGCAAAGGAGACGAUCGCAAAGCGCGCAUGCAUCAGCGCAUUGUUAAGCAAUACCAAGAUGCCAUCAAAGCUCAAAAAGCAGGACGGCCUGUGAAUUUGGCAGAACUUCCUGUUCCACCCGGUUGUCCCCCGCUGCCGGGUGCCGAAGGGGGUGAGCAGAAUUUUAUGGGCGUCCUAGACAACGCCAUGAAACUGGCCAAUCAGGAUGCAGAAGCGGAUGAUGACGAUGAUGACGAGCCACAAAAGAAGCCAACACCUCAACCUGCUCUUCAGAAAAGAGCUCCUGUCCCUCCCAAAGCCUCGUCCACUGCCAGCACGCCGACUUCCACUACAAAUCCCCCUAAAUUGGGAGGGAAAGCCCAGCAGCAGUUGGAUUUCUUGACGGUGCGCAGGCAGCAGUUCGUGAAGGCCGCUUUGCGCUCCAAAGAGAUGAAGGACAUGCAGGGGGCUGCGCAGCACCUGAGAAACGCUAAAGGCCUGGACCACAUGAUCACUGCUGCCAAGGGAGGACUUCCUGUUGACAUCACAAAGGUGCCAGCAGCUCCAGUGAGCGAGGAAGACUACCGACUGUCUCAGUCUCGAUCGUCUGCUCUGUCUCCUCGAGCUGCCGAUCAAUACGCUCAACUGAUGGAACAGCUCAGACUUCAGCAUGAGAAAUGUCUGACCUACUCUCAGCAGUUCACUCAUAUGGGGAAUGUGGGCGAAACUGCCAGGUUCGAGAAGUUGGCUGAAGAGUGCAUGACCAACAUAGACAUAUUGAAGAAAGCUCACGCAAAAGGAAGAUCAGUUCCUAAAUAUCACACAGAGGAGCGCACUUUUAACACUGUCAAGAUCUUUCCUAAUCUGACUGCUAAUGACCUGCUGCUGAUCAUUGUCAGAGGAAUCAACCUGUCAGCCCCUGCAGGAGGUUCUGCUAAUGAUCUGAAUGCGAGCGUGCAAUUCGAGUUUCCUUUCCCUAGCGCGGAGGAAGCUCAGAGAGACAAAACCAGCACAGUGAGAAACACCAACAGUCCAGAGUUUAAGGAGCAGUUCAAACUGAACAUUAAGAGAGACCACAGAGGCUUUAAAAGAGUCGUACAAGCCAAAGGCAUCAAGUUCGAGGUCAUACACAAAGGUGGUCUCUUUAAAACAGAUAAAGUAGUGGGAAAUGCUCAGCUGAAGUUGGAAGCGCUGGAGAACCAGUGUGAGAUCAGAGAGAUUAUAGACGUGUUGGAUGGGCGGAAGGCAACCGGAGGGAAACUGGAGGUGCGCGUGAAGAUCCGAGAGCCGCUGGGUGGAGCUCAGCUGCAGCCAGUGACGGAGAAAUGGCUUGUGAUCGACCCGCUGACCCCGUCGCCGGAGAAAGAGAGGGAGAGACAUAAAGAUAGAGAGAAAGAAAGGGCUCCUUCUCCAAGGUCCAAACCCAGAAAUGAUCAUGACAGGAACAUCAAACCGAGCUUAUCUCCUCCACAGUUCAAAAUGCACAGCUUCAGUCUGCUCAACUAUGACAAAGAAAGACUGGAGUGGAAGAUUAGUGAAUAUAAAAAGAACAGACGAGACCCAUCAGAACUCAUCCAGCAGCACAUGGAGAUCUGUCAGAGACUGCAGUGGCAGAAAUCAUACCUGGAGAAAAAUCCUGCAGCACUGACGGAAUAUGAAAAUGUGCUGCGAAAGUUUCAGCACGGCCUCUCAGAUUCGGUGAAGAAGUUUUCCACCCAAGGAAACAGGGAUGCAGCAAAAGAUGCUCUUGGCCGAAUGAAGAUGGUAGAGAAUGAGCUGGAGUCAGUCAGAAAAAAACGGGCCGUCAGAGAGUAAAGAAACGCUGAGUCUGUCUGUGGGAAAACUGUCCUCAUAAGCAGUCCUCAUAUAUUUUAAGUUUCAUGAAAAUAUUAAUGAAUACUGACAGAUAUAAUGUAACCGCAGAGGGCAACUAAACACAACAUUGCAACAACACACACACAUACUGAAGCACCUUUAGUAUUUCUGCAUUGUCUCUAAACCAUCAAAACACUAAAAUAUGUGCUCCAAUGAUUUCUUUUUUUUUAAGAAGACAUCUGAAUGUUCAGAGUGAGAUCAGCACUGCUCUGAUCUCAUCUUUAUUUUGUUUUAUGAAGAACAAUCAUGCACUACAGGCAUCUAAUGUCAGCUGAAUAUGAAAUACACAAAAUGUUAAGGUCAUAAUUUACAUUGAUAAUAUUGUGCAUUAAGCAAAGUAAGCCUGUAACAUUUAAACACCAUAUAUUGUAAAGCAAAGAAAGCUGCAUUCACAUUACUGUAAACAAUAUUUAUUCAAUUAUUUAAAGAUCAAGUCUUGUAUUGAACUAGAUGAUUAAUAGGAAUUGGGGGAAAUGUGCUUAAUUGUUAUAAAAUAAAGUAAAACUAGUAGUCCAAAAAGUAGGCUUAAUUUUCUGUAUACAUAAUAUAAUUAAUGUAUUAAUGUUUCAGAUAUGACCUUAACAUUUUUGUGAAAUUCACCUUUGGGUUAAUUGUAAAUAAAAAUACUGUAAAUCAUAUCACAGAAUCUGAUAAGAUGACCGACUGCAGAGUUACAGGACAAACAAAUACUUUAUCACAGAUCAAUGCAUGCUAAUAUUACAAAAAUGGUAUUUGAUGUUUUUAUUUUAACCCUUUUUUAUGUUUUCUCUUUAUCAUUUACACUCCCUUCUUUAUCCUUCUUUUCCCAAAUAAGUGCUGUUAAUCUGUGCUCUAAUAGCGUCUUUACAGUAAUCUGUGUGCUACGGUAUUCCCAGAUUAGGAUAAUACCGCUGCACGGCUGUGAUAUGGGAAUAAUCUGGCACUCCAGGGAAGAUGCGUGGGACUGUAUUAGAUGGUGAAGAUCAGGGAUUAUCCGAAUACUUCAGCCGUGUGAACUCAGCCGUAUUUCUUUUGGGUGGGGGAAGGUGUGCUUUUGUGUGUGUAUGUCUUGAUAAGACAGAAGGAGGGAGUGUUGAUCAGUCUAGUUGUGUUGGAAAUGAAGAAAUGGCAUGAGUGAAUUUAAGAUGAAGAUCUUUUGUCUUGGCGCAUGGGGGGUGAGAGUCUGAGAUCUGCUGUUUUAAAGGAAAGCGGCCUCAUUUUCUUUCUAUUCAGAGUUGAAAGGUCAUCAACUUUAACCUCAGACCUGCACAGUCGGUCUUUUUCACACUUAAUGCUUUUUUGGGACUUUGUGCAGCUCGGAUCUACAUUUAUGUAUUUUCAUUCUUGCUGCCGUCAGUCAUUAUAUAAACUUUUAUAUGGGGGUGUUUGUUUGUUUGCUUUCAUUUAAAAGCCAGAUAUAAAGCUGACUGGUUUCCAUGACAACUUCUUUAUUCAGCCCUCUAUGGUCUUUUGGGAUGGUGUCUGAACCCCUUGCCUCCCUCUCUGUCACUCCAGCAUGUACAGAUGUUUUUAGCAUUAUUCGGCAUAUACUGAAGGCAAUCACUGUACAGAUGCAUUAAUGUAUGAACUGAUGUUGAUGAUGGGUCUAUUUUUCAAAAGCAGCAUUAAUUUGUUAAUGUGUCUAUGGUAAUGGAUAAUAAUGUCUAAUGUAAUAAUUAAAAAAGUUAUUCCAAAAA